CACAUCCCCCAUAGAAAUCAGGCUUGUAUAAACAUACCUGUCAUUUCUAGUCUAUCUAAAUUGACUGAAGGGAUUGCAUGUCCACCCAGAGCUUUGCCAAAAAGGUGGGCGGAGGGGGGGUGGGAGCAGGCUGCCCUGAAUUCCGAAUCUGAGAGAUUCCGGAUGUGACAGGAUGUGGCUGCCCUUAUGUGGGCCAACACCAGAGUUUAUAAACUAAGUCUCCUCUAAAGACAUGAGAUGUUAUUCUGAGCGUGCCAUGAUAGAUACUGGUUUCACAGUGGGCUCCCCCCAACCCCCUCCCGGGCACUGAGUCAACUGUAGGGCAUUGUUCUUUGCGCUGAGAGCUUGCUUGGCAGAAGUUUCAUAACUCAUUCUAACGGUGAACUGUACAGCUCUUCAUUGUGGCCAGCCCUUUCAAGGUCGUAGAAAGGAAGAGUAACUCUUGCCAGAAAUCAGGAAAAAUUCGGUAGACAGAAUACGUUCAAGCCCGGCACAUCUAGCAUGUCUGUGAAUGCCAUAGGUGAGCUGCAGAGCCUACAUGACACUACAUUCCAUCACACCUCAGUGUACACUUACAGUCUAGGCAAAGACAUCAUUAUGGCAGCGGAUUCUAUGGAAAUUGAUGAUGCUCUGUACAGCCGACAGAGGUAUGUUCUUGGAGACACAGCUAUGCAGAAGAUGGCCCGGUCCCGUGUGUUCUUGAGUGGAAUGGGUGGUCUUGGUGUGGAGAUCGCUAAGAACGUAGUUCUUGCAGGAAUAAAGGCUCUCACUGUCCAUGAUACCCAGCAAUGCAAAGCAUGGGAUUUAGGAACAAACUUCUUUGUUCAAGAAGAUGAUGUUCUAAAUCACAGAAACAGGGCGGAGGCAGUACUUCCUCGCGUUGCAGAGCUGAACCCGUAUGUCCAAGUGAUGUCAUCAGCGGCCCCACUAAAUGAAACGACGGACCUGUCUUUCCUCCGACAGCACCAGUGUGUCAUAGUAACGGAGAUGCAGCUGUCACUGCAGAAGAAGAUCAAUGACUUUUGCCAUGCACAACACCCACCCAUUAAGUUCAUCAGUGCAGAUGUGUAUGGCAUCUGGGCACGCCUGUUCUGUGACUUCGGAGAAGAAUUUGAAGUCCUGGACACCACAGGAGAGGAGCCAAAAGAAAUAUUCAUUUCAAACAUAACACAGUCCAAUCCUGGUAUCAUCACUUGCUUGGAUAAUAAUCCACAUAAACUUGAAACUGGACAGUUUGUAACUUUUCGGGAAAUUAACGGCAUGUCGUGUUUAAAUGGAUCUAUGCAUCAAAUAACUGUGGUAUCACCUUAUUCUUUCAGUAUUGGAGAUACUACAGAUAUGGAGCCUUACUUACAUGGUGGUAUAGCUGUCCAAGUAAAGAUGCCUAAAACAUUUCAUUUCGAACGACUGGGGAAGCAGUUGAUUAAUCCAACAUACCUUGUGGCAGACUUCAGCAAACCUGAGUCCCCUCUGCAGAUUCACCUUGCCAUGCUGGCCUUGGAUCAAUUUCAGGAGAGUUUUGCUCGCAUGCCAAACAUUGGGUGCCUUCAGGAUGCUGAGGAGAUGCUGAAGAUAGCCAGGUCCUUAAGGGAAAAGCUGGAGAGCAAACCCCCGGUUAAUGAAGACAUUGUAAGAUGGCUGUCAAGAACAGCUCAGGGAUCUUUAGUGCCCCUCGCAGCGGCCCUCGGUGGUGUUGCCAGUCAAGAAGUCUUGAAAGCCGUGACAGGAAAGUUCUCUCCUCUGCAGCAGUGGCUGUAUCUCGAUGCCUUGGAAUUGGUCACAUCUCUAGAAAAGGCUGGUCGUGAAGAAUUCCUUCCAAGGGGAGAUAGAUACGAUGCCUUACGGGCCUGUAUUGGGGAGACCUUGUGCCUGAAGCUUCAUAAUCUGAAUGUUUUCUUAGUUGGUUGUGGUGCAAUAGGCUGUGAAAUGUUAAAAAAUUUUGCACUCCUUGGUGUUGGCACCGGCUGGGAACGUGGCAUGGUUACACUCACAGACCCGGACUUAAUAGAAAAAUCCAACCUAAAUAGGCAGUUUCUCUUCCGGCCACAUCACAUAGAGAAGCCCAAAAGUUGUACUGCGGCAGCAGCGACACUGCGCAUUAAUGGUCAGAUGAAGAUAGAACCACAUCUUAACAAAGUGUGCCCUGCUACUGAGAAUAUAUACAACGAUGACUUUUACACCAAGCAAGAUGUAGUGGUUACUGCACUAGACAAUGUGGAAGCAAGGAGAUACAUUGACAGCCGCUGCCUAGCAAACGUGUGUCCCCUCUUGGACUCGGGGACCAUGGGGACUAAAGGCCAUACUGAGGUCAUUGUGCCUCAGCUGACAGAAUCCUACAACAGCCACCGAGAUCCACCAGAAGAAGAGAUCCCGUUUUGCACUUUGAAGUCUUUCCCAGCGGCCACUGAGCACACGAUACAGUGGGCAAGAGACAAGUUCGAAAGUGCUUUUACGCACAAGCCUUCACUCUUCAACAAGUUCUGGCAAACCUAUCAAUCAGCAGAAGAGGUAUUACAGAGAAUAAAGUCCGGAGAGAGUUUGGAAGGCUCUUUUCAAGUGAUCAAAUGCCUCAGCAGAAGACCACGAAACUGGCAACAGUGUGUUGAACUAGCAAGAUUAAAAUUCGAGAAGUAUUUUAAUCAUAAGGCGCUCCAGUUGCUUCAUUCAUUUCCCCUUGAUACCCGAUUAAAAGAUGGCAGUCUGUUUUGGCAGUCACCGAAGAGGCCACCUUUCCCCAUUCGAUUUGAUUUCAAUGACACUUUGCACUAUAGCUUCAUAGUGAGUACAGCUAAGUUGUUUGCAACAAUUUACUGUAUUCCGUUUACAGAAAAGGACGUGUCAGAAGAAACCAUUUUAAAAAUAAUUUCUGGGGUGAAGGUUCAAGAAUUCCGACCUUCUAACAAAGUGGUGCAAACAGAUGAAACACUGAGGAAGCCGGAUCCCAUCCCAGUCAGCAGUGAGGACGAGAGGAAUGCUGUCCUUCAGCUGGAGAAUGCCAUCUUCGCCAACGAAGCGACCAGAAAUGACUUGCAAAUGAAGGAACUUGCCUUUGAAAAGGACGAUGACAGUAAUGGGCACAUAGAUUAUAUAACAGCUGCGUCUAAUCUGCGAGCCAGAAUGUAUAACAUUGAACCAGCAGACCGGCUGAAAACCAAGCGGAUUGCUGGGAAGAUCAUCCCUGCCAUCGCAACCUCGACAGCUGCUGUUGCUGGCUUGGUUGCUUUGGAAUUGAUCAAAGUUGUGGGUGGUUACCCUUUCCAAGCAUAUAAGAACUGUUUUUUCAACUUGGCCAUUCCAGUAAUUGUCUUUGCAGAAACAGCUGAAGUGAGAAAAACAGCUAUAAGAAAUGGGAUAUCAUUUACAAUCUGGGAUAGAUGGACAAUUUAUGGGAAAGACGAUUUCACACUCUCGGACUUCAUAAAUGCCGUCAAAGAGAAAUACGGGAUUGAGCCCACCAUGGUGGUUCAAGGAGUUAAAAUGCUGUAUGUCCCUGUCAUGCCUGGGCAUGUGAAAAGAUUGAAGCUGACGAUGCAGAAACUUGUGAAACCAUCAGUGGAUAAGAAGUAUGUGGACCUCACGGUGUCCUUUGCUCCAGAAACAGACGGUGACGAAGACUUGCCAGGGCCCCCAAUCAGAUACUAUUUUGCCCAUGAAGACAACUGACGCAGGACCAUGUGAAUAGAAAGUGGCAUCUAUCCAUUAAAAAUGUGGUACUACACACUUGGUUGAAGCCUUAAUUCAAAAGUAACCGGUGGAAGUCAGUGAAUUGAAGUGAGGAGCUGUAUAGGAAACUGGAUCUCUAGUUUAUCUAGUCUCUUCCUGAAAAGGAUCUCCAACUUGUUGGAAAGUGAAGCUCUCUUAGGAGAAGACUGGCUUGCAUUAACCUCCGCAGGAAGCCAAGAACUGUGGAGUUAUCUGCAUUGUACAAGCAAAACAUUAAAUGUGGAAGCAGUCAAGAUUAAGAGAAAUGCAUUUCUUUUAUUGCAGUGUUCCUCUGCAUUUUAGCCCUGAGGCAGUUU